ACCGAUCUUGUAAUUUAUUUGUGUUUUUUUUUCUUGUAUCGAAUAUAUAGAAUUGAGAAAGGCUUCUUCAGAAAUACUGCCAGAAAGAGGAUAUAUAUAGUAGUUACUUGUAAUUGCUUGAAGAGCAAUGGCUGUGAUGAGACACGAAAAUUGGAUUUCACCGCUCCAAUUUUCUGUGGUGUUUUCCGUCCUUCAAAUGACUCAAUAUUCAUGCUAAUGAAUCUAUUCGUAUUUUUGGCAUGUAUUUAUUUUUUUAACAAUCAAAUAGACGAGUAUUUUGUUUCGAGGACCCGCGAUCACGAUUUCCUGCUAUAUCCACUGAGAAAAAAGCGGAAGUUAUAAAAUUUUAUAUAAAUAUUCCUUGAAUGUUCCUUCUGAUUAUUAUUAUCAAUUUAAAUAAGCACACCAGUUGUUAAAAAAAAGGAAGUGAAGUGUGUAUUUCCAAAAUUAGUGUCAGUGUCAAAAAAAAAAAAAAUUUCUCAAUAUGGAUUUGCAAUAAAUGUCAAAAGUCGUGUGAAGAUCAAAAUAUUGGUUGAAAGAUUUGAGGUCUUUAAGAGCCAAAAUGGAUGGAGAAAUCAAACCGUUGAAGAGAUUCUAAUUAAACUUAAAUGUUACUCGAGGUCUGUUCAAGAAAUAUGGACGUGGAAUUAGUGGCUCGGACUUCCCUUUCCUCUCUUCAUAAAGUGGACGAGAAUCUCAUCAUCUCGCCCAAUAAUCUUGACGAUUGGACAUGGUCUAGCCUCCGGAAACAAUUCAAGUACAAGAGCUUGGAAAAGCUCUAUACCAUUUAUCAAAGGAGGAUCCAAAAUGGGUAUCUUUCGCUUUUCAUCCUUCUGCAAUUGGUGCUUAGCGUUGCUCAUUGCACUGUAUUAAUUAUAAUGGUGACGAUACAAAAAUCGGUACCGGACGUGGUGACCUACUGUUUGGUAGCGGCACUUCUUUGUCCGGUAAUAGCACUUUCGUUUAGGACAAAAUUAAUUGCAAAAAAGGCUUAUCUUCCGGUUGUACUGUCAUGUGUUAUUGUCGCCCUUCUUGUAAUUGGCGAUUUAGCUGUGCCCCUUUACUACACUUUUACUAGCGCCGAGGACGGUCCGUCGAUAAGACCAGCGUACGCUACUCAUGCUCUUUUGGCCUGUUACGUUUUUCUCCCAUUGACGGAAAAUUUGCACGCUUUCAUUUUGGGGAUGACGACGACUUUUACUUAUUUGGCAAGUUUAUAUCUUGUCACCUAUAGAAACAUGCCGGAUGUAAAAAGUAGGAUGAUUACAGACUCAAUAUAUUUCGCUAGUGUGAAUGGCUUAGGAUUAUACUUCAGAUUCAUGAAUGAAGUCGUCAUCAGAAGAUCAUUUUUAGAUCGAAGAAAAUGUGUUGAAUCCACAUUGAGGCUUAACUAUGAAAAGGAUCAAGAAGAGCAACUCACACGAAGUAUUUUACCUCCUCAUUUUGCAGCAAAGAUCAAAAAAGAUUUUCGUGAUAUUUUCAAAUUUAUCGAGGAGCACAAGAAACCACCACCAAAGGGACGACAGCGCAACGACUUGUACGUUGAGACGCACAACAAUGUUAGUAUUCUCUAUGCAGACGUGGUGAAUUUUUCCGGACUUACUGUGACAUUACCAGUGAAAAAAUUGGUCGAGACACUUAAUGAUCUUUUUGGAAGUUUUGACGAGGCCUCAGAAAGGCAUAAUGUACUUAGGAUAAAAUUUUUGGGAGACUGUUAUUAUUGUGUCAGUGGUGUGCCAACUCCAAAUGCUCAACAUGCGAAAAGUUGUGUCGAUCUUGGUUUGGACAUGAUCAAAAUCAUUAAGGAAGUAAGAGCAAGAGUGAAACGUGAAAGUGGAGUUGAUGUGAAUAUGCGAAUUGGUGUACAUUCUGGAAAGAUUAUAUCGGGUAUUCUUGGUGCCAAUAAAUGGCAAUAUGAUGUUUGGUCACGCGAUGUAGUCAUUGCUAACAAAAUGGAACAAACUGGCAAACCUGGCAAAGUUCAUAUUACACAAGAAACUCUCAAUCUUUUAGACGCUAAUCAAUAUGAUUGCGUUCCAGCUGAAACGAUAAAUGAUGAGACACUUAAGAAAUAUGGUAUUAAGAAAAGUUACCUGAUCACACCCACGUUACCUGCUUCGCCAGAGUCGCCGAACAGCGAGAACCCCUUGACACUUUUGUCACCAAGUACUCCACCACCGACGAGUAAACAUUAUGUGAGAUGGUAUAAUGUACGACCUAGCACGACAAUUGGACCAUCGGCAAGAAGUACAAGAAGACUCACAUCGACAAUGAAUAAUCAUGCUGAUGUUUUUGCAAGUAGCUAUCGAAGAAGAACUCACUUUAUGGACUCAUGUCUCAAGGAUUAUCAUCUUAUGCUAAAAGCGGCCGAUGCUGAAAUGGAGAAUGCUAUUAAGCAAAUGCCACUCAGCAAAUGGGAGUUAGUGCAAUGGUGUAAAUGGGAACAUAUCAAUCCUCUUUUCUUAACGUUUCCUGAUAGAAGUUGGGAGAUACCAUUUUGGAAAGAACCAGAUCCUCUUUUCAAAUUUUACGUUGGUUGCGCAGCUCUCGUUCUACUCUCUAUGGGUCUUAUUUUUUUGGUUCCUUCUCUAUCACUCUCCCAAUGGCAUUUGACAACAUCUGUUGGUUAUACGGUGGUAAUGCUUUUUCUCAUAGCAUUGAUACCAUUGACUUGGAUGCAUUUUAUUUGGAAUAGAUACAAAGAUCCUCAUGAUGAACAUGAGGGACAUUUCCCUCAACCAACGAAUAAACUUCUUCAUUUUAUGUAUCAGACAAGUAUCAAGGUCGUUUGGAGCGCUUUAUUGAGAACUAUACUUUAUUUAGUAAUUUCAAUUAUGUUGGCUACAUGCGCAAUGCUCGAUUUAUUGUUCGAGUGCCACAAUUCGGAUAAACUUUCAUCGAACAAUGUAACUUCGGACAUUGCGGAAGUUGGUUCAGCUAAUUUGGAUUGCAUGUCAACACCAUGGCAAAUGACGGAAACCUGUUCAUUGGCGAUUCUGACAAGUUUUCUCUUUUUGCGAGUUCACUAUCUUCUCAAAUGGCUAAUUGGAGUGUUUAUAGUUGUUUUCUACAGUUGGAAUAUAUGGUACAAUCGAGCUCUAAUAUUCAAGUCUGGUGAAACAUGGAAUCCGUAUUUGGAACCAGAAUUGGCACAUUGCCUAAGUGUUGCUUUUUUGACCUUCUCCUUGCAUCUAAUAGAUCGUCAGUUCGAAUUAUCGAGCGAUCCUUUUCGUUUCAUCAUUCGUUCAAGUUCACGUUCACGACGAUUCAUUCAGGCAGAGUACUUAAGCAGACUGGACUACCAAUGGAAACGACAGCUGACCAAGGAGCAGGACGAAGCUUUUCACACUCGAAAUGCAAACAAAUUGCUGCUAAGGAACAUCCUCCCUGAACACGUUGCGGAAUUUUAUCUAAAUAUGAAUCGAACAGAGGAAAAUGAACUUUAUCACGAGGCACAUGAAAAUGUAGCAGUAAUGUUUGCCUCACUCACGGAUUUGUCAAUUGAUGAGAGCAAUAUUUUGGUUGACUUAAAUGAGAUUAUUUGUGAAUUUGACAAGCUUCUCUUCGAAUCUGAUUUCAAUUGUAAAAUCGAAAAAAUUAAGAUAGCUGGUACAACUUAUAUGGCGGCUUGUGGAUUGGAGGCAUCGAGAAGAGAUUCUAUUUACAGUACAGGAAGUACCGGAAGUACAGGAAGCAAUGAUGAUACACAGGGACAUUAUGAUGUUGUGAAACUUAUGGCUCAAUUCGCUGCACAAAUGAUUAUUGUUCUUGACAAAAUGAAUGCAGAAUCAUUUACUUACAAUAAACCCUACGUAUUGAGAAUAGGAAUAUCACAUGGUGAGGUCACAGCCGGUGUUGUUGGUGCUCAAAAACCACUUUACGAUAUUUGGGGAGACGCUGUUAAUAUGGCAUCGCGAAUGGACACAACUGGUGUCGCUGGAAAAAUUCAGGUUACUAAGGAGACGGCAUCAGUUUUAGAGCAAAAUGGCGUGAAAUGUCAUUUAAGAGGUGAAACAUGGGUAAAACCAAAGGGUUUUGUGACCACAUAUUUUGUUGGAAUUGACGAGAGUAAACAACUACAAAGAACAGAAUUUGUCGAGGAGACAAAUUUAUGACAAAAGCGUUUAUACGUUGAGAAACCAUCGUUAAAAGUUUCGCAUCGAAAAAAAAGAAAAUGCAGGGAUCAAAGUGGAUUCAAGAAGAAACCAAAGACAGUCGUCAAACCAAAGAAGAGUUAAAAUGAUAGAAUCUAAAAAAAAAAAAAAUUAUAUCUUUACGUCACUCUUCUCUUUAAAUGUUGCUGGAAAACAAUCAUAAUUGUAUAGACAAAAGCCGAAUUGUUGGAAAUUAAAUGAAAACUUCUCGAUGUUUCUAAAAAAGAAAAUUAGAACAAUUCGCAAAAUUACAAAUUAAAAUAUUUCGCAUGAAAAUAAUUUGCGAUUGCGGUAUUUAAUAUCCGCGAUAUCAGUACAAUUACGUUUGGUCCAAAUUAAUAAAUUAAAAAAUAUAUAUGAGACGCAAACAAUAAUAAUCAAAAUGGACGAGACUGAAAGUCGGCUCUAAGUACGAUUUUAAAAACGGAGAUUUUUCAUUUAUUCAAAUAUCAAAUUAUCAUUCAUAGAUUUUAGUAUCUGAUAAAAGAAAAAAAACAAAGUUGUAUCCCAGAAUCGUGCUGUGAAAUUAAUUUUAAUAACAAUAUCAACACCAAUAGUCUAAGAAAGUUUUUUUUUUUUUCUUCAAAAUCAUGUGUAAAAUUAAUUUUUAAAAAAUUAUCAUCAAUUUACGUAAUUUAAGUUUCAUUAUCAACAUUUGUAAAUAUUCAUUCACAUAUUUGUUAAGUGUCUAAUUUAGGUUUUUAAAACGACCUAAUUUUACUCAAAAAGUAGAAUUAAAAGAAAAACAAUUUUUAAAAAUUUUAAGUUAAAAUCUCGAUUCUGGUUUAACAACCGCUACUUUUUCACUGAUCACAACUCAUGACAUUCCAAAAUUUAUUUAUAUUUUUUAAUCAUCUAGUACCCCUUUUUUUAUUGUAAACAAAUAAUGGUGUUUUCUGAACAAAACUACAAUAUUUAUAGAUUCAAGCGUAAUUAGAGCGUUUCAUUGAUCCAUUAUAAAUAUCUCGUAAAAUUGCGCGUAUGUAUUAUAAUAUAUAUAUAUAUUCAUAUAUAUGUAUAUUCAAAGAAAGUAACGUUCCAAGACCUUUAUUUUUGUACACAUGGUGGAAAAAAAAGAAAGAAAAUGAAAUGUCUACCUGCCCUUCCCAAUUAAUUUGUAAAUACCUCCUGUAUAUAUAUUUUUUCAAGUUGUAAAUCUCUCUGACAAGUGUGAUUAUUCCAUAAUUUUAAUAAAGUAUUUAUUAUAGUGUA